AAUUCCACACACCUAGACUGUUAGUGGGUUGUGCAGGUGACUAUACACCAUCUGUGCAUCAAGCUCUGUGGCCGCUGUCAGCUAUAAAACCGUUUACCGUCUUUUUGUAAUGCAGCACUUGCAUCUGGUCGUCUUCGAUGAUAACCAGGAUGGGACGAACAUGGACGACCCUGGUGCUGACCUGCCUGGCCGUCGUGGUGGUAGCAGCCGACCCGACCUUCGAGGUGUCACCAGGAGGUCUGAAAGUCAGAAUUCCGGAUGGUGGUGGAUAUACCCUUAUAGGGUUCCACUUCAGCGUCAACAAACCUCUACCCGGGGUGGCUGCCGGGGACUACGCCGUCGACAUGACUACAAAGACUGGAAACGAAUUUGUGUACACAUGGCCGGAGGUUGUUCUUAAACCUGGCGACACGGUGAACUACUGGUACCUCUACCUACAAAACGGACUUGGUCACAAUGUGUUGGGGAAGUCCUGGACCUAUGCAGGCCAGGCGACGACUACAACCACUCACAAACCAACCACCCACGCUACAACGACUCGCACCGUCCAUGUCCAGACGACACAGGUAGCUCAUGCCACCGCCUCAUCCGGUGGGAGCGGAACCGGAACCGGAACCGGAACCGGAACUGGAACCGGAACUGGAAGUGGCAGUGGAACCGUCAACACGGGAGAUAAUACAAACUCUGGUGGAGGGAGUGGAACAUGUUCCUGUCGCAAGGGACCAGGCGAGGGCGACGGCUUUGUGGACUCCAGUCAGUGCACCAGCUUUCCCUGCCUCAUUUUCGAAGACAACUUCGACUUCAUCAACCACCGUGUGUGGCAACACGAGAUAACCGCUGGCGGAGGCGGAAACUGGGAGUUCCAGUAUUACACCAACAACCGCACCAACAGCUACACCAAGGACGGCGUUCUCUACAUCAAGCCUACUCUGACAUCUGACCAUUUUGGACUGGAGUUUCUUGAACACGGGUCACUUGAUCUUUGGGGAGGUUCUGCUGCUGACGUGUGCACGGGUAACAACUUCUGGGGCUGCAAGCGUGACGGUGCACCGGGCCGCGUGAUUAACCCCAUCCAAUCAGCUCGUCUUCGUACGUCACGUGGUUUAAAUUUCAAAUACGCAAAAGUAGAAGUGGAGGCGCAGCUACCCCUCGGUGACUGGUUGUGGCCGGCUAUCUGGAUGUUACCCACACAGAAUGUCUACGGUAACUGGCCUGCCUCAGGAGAGAUUGACAUCAUGGAGAGCAGAGGUAACCGGAACUACCACAACCAGCAAGGUGUGUCUGUGGGUGUGGACUCGGUGGGCAGCACACUGCACUUCGGGGCCGACUACUUCACCAACCAGUGGCCCAAGGCGCAUGCUGAGAAGGUUCUCUCUGGUGGUACGUACGCUGAUGGUUUCCACAAGUACGCCGUCAACUGGGAUGAUGAGGCCAUCACGUUUUAUGUCGACGACGAAGAAAUUCUGAGGGUGGACCCUGGACCAGACGGCUUCUGGAAGUUCUCCGGUCUGGACGAGACGACUUACGACAACCCGUGGAGAGAAGGAUCACGGAUGGCUCCUUUCGACCAGGAGUACUACAUUAUCUUGAACUUGGCGGUUGGUGGAGUCGGCUACUUUGACGAGAAGAACACCAACGGUCCUUACCCGAAGCCCUGGACGGACAACGCAGGAUCUGAGGCUGACCGCUUCUGGGCCGCGCGUGCGCAGUGGUUGCCCACCUGGAACCUGGACCAGAACAAUGGCGAGGACGCUGCCUUGAAAAUCAACUACGUGAAGGUGUGGAAAAUGAAGCCUGACCCAUGAAGUUGUUGUAGAAGUCAGAUUUUUUCUCUCUCUUGCUAGUCAGUCUGUUAUUUCGUGGUCAAUUUUUCGUUUCUGACAAACCUGACCCAAGUCUUAAAUAAAUAGCGGCUUGUAGCUUGAAAAAUAUGAGAUCUUGCAAUCUUAAUUAAAGAGCUUCUAAUGUUA